AUGAGUGACGAGGAUGAGCCGCUCAACUUCUCGACAUCAAAAACUACAGAAGACGUCAAAGAGGGUAUUCUCGGAGUUCGGUCGAUAUUCAACACGCCACUUCUGUUUCCGCCACCAAUGUUCAACGCAGGUGUAAUUUCUCCACAUAUCGCUGCAGCUCUUGCCAUGUCAUUCAACCAACAAAGAAUGAAUGCUAGUGUAUCUCCACCACUCGACCACACAACUAUCAGUGUGAACAGUUUCCCAUCAAUGGGAUCAGUGAAGACAGACAGCCCUCCAACUUCAUCUUCACCAACAUUAUGUUGUGCCGUGUGCGGUGACGUUAGCAGUGGAAAGCAUUAUGGAAUACUUGCUUGCAACGGAUGUUCGGGUUUUUUCAAAAGGUCAGUCAGAAGACGACUUAUUUACCGAUGCCAAGCUGGUACUGGGAACUGUAUUGUCGAUAAAGCUCAUCGUAAUCAAUGUCAAGCGUGUCGUCUCAAGAAAUGUCUUAACAAGGGGAUGAACAAAGAUGGUAUCAGACAUUCGACGGAUUAUGAUAGUUUUCUCAACUUUUCAGCUGUUCAAAAUGAACGACAACCAAGAAAUACUGCGACGAUUCGACCGGCGUUAGAUAUGGAUCCUCAGAAUUUUUUCAGAGAGUACGCAGGUGCUGUUUCUGCAAUAAUGGGACACUCUACUAUGAUUAAGAGAGAAGACUCUCCUUCUAGUGCUAGUGAUGGGAAGACUGAAGAUGAAAAGAAGGAUAGUCUUCAAGAAUCAGCAAUGUCUCAUCUGGAAAGUGUAUUAAAAUGGGCACAACAGUUCAGACUAUUCGCAGUGCUCUCUGAUGCUGAAAAGCGUCAAAUCAUUCUGACACAAUGGCCACGUCUCUUGUGUAUUGCAUUGUGUGAACAGUUGGAUGAUACUACUUUGGACGAGCACCUCACCAGUAUCAUGCUCAAAUUCCGACGUUUAGACGUUUCGCCAGCGGAAUUCAAUUGCAUGAAAGCGAUCACCAUCUUCAUGAAACCCAAUGAAGAGUCUCACUACCAAUUCGAAGACCAACUCGAUCAAUGCAUCUGUCUCCUUCAACAGUGUUGCCAGAAACUCGAUUCAUCCCCAUCCCGUUUUGGAAAACUUCUGCUCCUUCUUUCUGAGAUCCAUUUCUAUCAAACCGGCUAUUUGGAAUCACUUCUCGAUACUAAAAUAUCUUAUCUUGUGACCCGUUUCUUAUAA